AUUCUUUGAUGACGCGACCUCGAUCAAAGUUUGUUUUUUUUAUCGCUCUAAAUGAAUUGAUGAAUUGAUUGAAAUGAUUCAAACAAUCAAGAAAGUCAUUUUUCAAUAACCUUCAGGUUUUAUUAUUGUCAAUACUUAAUCACAGUCAUUAUAUUCAUCUAUAACUAAUCAAUAUAUCAACUAAUGAAUGAAUGGAUUUAAAAAUCAUAGGUUUCAACUAUAGCUCUUAAUGCAAGACAACUUGCAUAUUUGUGUGCGUGUGUGUGUGUGUGUGUAAUGUGCCUUGACGAUGCAAUUAACUUUUAAUCAUCAUCAAUCCUUUUAAUCAUCAUUUGUGAUUAUGGUUUCUUGUGUCAUUUCAAGCCUGUUGUUUUUAUUGUGGUUGGCUUUUAUCGAUUUCCACGUUUUCAUUAUUGAAUCUGUUGCAUUUGAAACAUAUGAUCCAUUGAUGAAUCUAUGAGCAUUGAUUUAUGGUACAACCAAUGUUCUGCUAUUGUUCUACCAGAUUGUUCGGCUCUUCGAAUAUAUCCAUUAUGCUUUGAUAAAUAUGCAUCAUCUCGCACAACAAUUCCAAAAUCAAUUCCCCAAACUAUAUAUAACAUAGAAAUUCAUUCAUUUAUAUAAAUCGGUUUUUUUUCAAAUCUCACAAUGUAUGUAAAUCAACACCGAUUUACCGUGAAUACUAGCAGCAGCAUAGUAUACUACCAAUAAUUUACCAGGAAAAAUAUACACAUAGACCGUGAAAAAUAUUUCCUUCUCAGAAUUCAAUUGAAAUGUGCAUGUAUAUAAGUGUUAUACGCGCGUGUCAACACAACAAACAGUGUUUGAUGAAAAGAGAUGUAUACCAUAUUGAUGUGAUAUCUGGUGAACCAAAAUGUUUUGACGCCGACUCUUCGUGAACCAGUUUUUAUGAUUACUGAAAAUUGAAACUUCGAAAAACUCUUUACAUCAAAAAAAAACUAUAGAAAACCAAUAAAAAUACCAUCGAAAAGAAAACCGUCAUUUUAUGAAUUGUCAAGUUAACCAUUAAAUGAUGUACAGUUGAGACCAGAUCAAAAAACUUUGGCAAUAUUAUCAUACGACAAAUCAAAUGUUUGAAUCCUCUUGGCAUCUCAGCUUGGUCGUCUUCACAUUUAUACAUAGCCAUACAGUUCAUAUCAGUACAGCUCAGUCGUCACAGUUGUACAUGUUGGUUUGGUUGCUUGGUGGCAAUAUACAGCUAGAAAACGACCAGAAAAUUUCAGCUGCUUGUUAAGAAUUGAAUCCAGCCAACAAUCAAUCAGUUGAUGAAAAUUUUGGCUGCUGCUAUUGCACACCUCUAUACAGACACAUCAAAAUUCAAUCUGCGGCUUUCUCUGUUGCAUCCUUUUGCUGCUGUCUCUCUCUCAUGAUCCAUAUUCUCAUCAUCAUUGUGAUUAUGACCACAGCACCGGCACUGAAUUGUCAGUGUAUAUAUAUCGUAGUUGGUAGCUUCAAGUGAUGUGAUCCGAUUCAUUCGAACAACAAACAAACAAUCGAUGGACAUGGCUGAUUGACUUUGUUUUCAUAAUAAAAAAAUUGAUUUAUUCUUUUUAACCAAUUUGUUUCGUUCAAUUUCAUCAUUGCAAUUUAUGCAAUAAUCUUUCAUCUAAUUCAAGUUUUAUCAUUCAUCAAAAUCUUUAAACCCAUCAACAUACGAAAAUGUUCAAAUGUAUACCGAUAUUUCGUGGCUGUAACCGCCAAAUUGAAGUAAUCGAUAAACGCCAUAGCAGCUUGCCAAUUGUACCGGAAGAUAUAUUCCGUUAUGCAAGAACAUUGGAAGAACUUCAGCUUGAUGCCAAUCAUAUACGUACAUUGCCUAAGGGCAUGUUUCGGCUGGUCAAGUUACGAAAAUUAACACUAAGUGAUAAUGAAAUAUCACAGAUACCAUCAGAAAUUGGAAAUCUCAAUCAAUUAGAAGAGCUAAAUGUAUCGAAAAAUGAAAUUAUUGAAAUACCAGACUCGAUAAGAAACCUAAAAAACUUACAGAUUGCUGAUUUUAGUUCAAAUCCGGUUCAAAUACUUCCAAUGGAAUUCAGCCAAUUGCAUGCACUGAAAUCAUUGGCGUUGAAUGAUAUAUCUUUACAACAGCUUCCCAAUAAUUUUGGCUCACUACAGAAUCUUGAAUCGCUGGAAUUGCGUGAUAAUCUAAUCAAAAAACUUCCACCAACAUUAUCCAUGUUGGUUAAUUUAGAACGAUUAGAUUUGGGUGCCAAUGAUUUCAGUGAACUACCAGCCAUGAUUGGUCAACUACCGAAUUUGCAAGAAUUGUGGCUCGAUCAAAAUGAGCUUUCUACGUUGCCUAAAGAAAUUGGUCGGCUAAAAAAACUCGCUUGUUUGGAUGUUAGUGAUAAUCGCCUGGAAUACUUACCUGAAGAAAUUUCUGGUUGUGAAUCGCUAACGGAUUUGCAUCUAUCCCAGAAUCUACUUGAAACCCUUCCCGAUGGCAUUGGACAGCUAAGUAAAUUAACCAUUUUCAAAAUUGAUCAGAAUCGCCUCGAAUCAUUGAAUCCGACUAUCGGCGGUUGUUCGUGUUUGCAAGAAUUAAUUCUUACUGAAAAUAAACUGACCGAAUUACCACCUACGAUUGGAAAUUUGGUCAUGCUUACGAAUUUUAAUGUUGAUCGAAAUUUUCUUAGAGAAAUUCCGCCACAAAUCGGCAAUUUAACUCGUCUGGGUGUUCUUUCGUUUCGCGAAAAUCAAAUAACAUCCAUUCCUCCUGAAAUAGGCCAACUUAAAGAACUUCGUGUUUUGGAUAUAUCUGGCAACAAGAUUCCAUUUCUUCCAUAUUCGAUUACUGCAUUAAAUUUGAAAGCUCUUUGGUUAGCCGAAAAUCAAUCACAACCAUUGUUGAAAUUCCAGACGGAUGUUGAUGAGAAUACUGGACAGAAAAUUCUCACUUGUUUUCUAUUACCACAACAAGAUUUCAAAACUGAUUUGCAAUUCGAUGCAUUUGAAGAAAAUUCACUCGAACGUGUGAAUUCAUUAAACUGGGAUCAACCACGGCAUUCUUCUGUUAAAUUUGAUGUCGACCUAGACGACGAAGAAGGUGAUGAUGUUAUUGAUGACGAUAGUGACCCAUUAAUUUCUGCGUCUGGAACCAGUGCUGAACCAAAUUUUGUUCGUCACGAUACCCCACAUCCUCGAGAAUUGAAAGCACGUCAUUUGAAAUUGUUUGCUAAUCGUGACAAUAAUGCCACACAGCAACAUCAGCUAGAAACGCCAAAUGUUGAAUAUGAAAAUCAGAAAGAAUCGAGUGUUGAUCAGAAUGACGAACUAGAACUGCCACAUCGUUUCAAAAAUCAUCACCAAGAUACAGAUAAUAGCUCACAAUCUUCUGUCAUAAUUAAAGAUGAUGAUACUAAUGCCGAUGAACCUAUCGAACCAAUGGAACAGAAACCUGUCCAUUCAGCUGCAACUGCAGCUGCUCUUAGCAGUUCAUAUUUCCACAAUCGAGCUUUUCAGGAUUUUGUCGAUGCCUCUGGUCUCGAUUCUACUGUAGCUGAUCAAACUAAAGAACAUGUUGUCCAUACUGAUUCAAAUCAUACAAGCACCACACAAAAAGUAGGACGUCAUGUUGGUUUUGAAAACGAUUUAAACAUUGUAUCAAACACUCAAUCGUUCAAUUCCAUCGAUCCUCAUCAAUAUCACCAUGAACGUCAAGAUGAUGAGGAUGACGAUGCACCGGUGGAAAAGCUGAACACAAGAUUACAUCGUCGAGAUACACCACAUCAUCUCAAAAACAAACGUGUCAAUACAAAUUCAACAAAAGAAGAAAAAGAAAAAAUUGUAAACAUUUUAUCCAAGACGAAUGUAGAGAAACCUCAGCCUCCAAUAACAAUAAAACCUAUAAUCGAAAUUCAAAAUGGUCCAAUAUUAGCCAAUGUGACAAAAGAACUGCGUUUGAAAUUAAAAAAACAUGGUCAAUCAAUGGGAUUAUCAAUAGCAGGAGGCCUCGGUUCUUCUCCUUAUAAAGGUGAUGAUGAAGGAAUUUUCGUAUCACGUGUUACUGAAAAUGGUCCAGCGGAAAUUGCUGGUCUGAAAGUUGGUGACAAAAUUCUGGCCGUAAAUGAUUAUGAUUUCUCACGGAUCGACCAUCAUGAUGCUGUGCAGCGACUAAAGUCAGCUGGCGAAGAAUUUUGGCUAUUAGUCGAGCGAGAAAUGAUUACUAAUCAUUCGAUUUCUUCACCAGCCGUUGCACCAUCAACCGGAAUAAAUAAAGUGCCUCCAGUACCUCCGGUACGAACAUCAGUCAUAUCAAAAAGUACGACCAAUUCAAACGAUAGUAGUACGCUCGCACAGCAACCAUUGAAAUCGGUCUUACGACCUCCUCUCGGAGAUAAAAAACCAUCAGCAACAUCUUCAGUUUCAUCAUCACAACUUCCGUCCACGACUGCUAAACCAAUCCCAUCGAAAUUAAAUCUGAAUCGACAUUCAUCAGGAGAUAUUGGCAAUACUACUAAUCCAUUAUGUCAACAACAAUUGGGUAAAGAAAUCAUUUACACAACAUUAAUUCGUAGUGAUGGCGGUCUAGGGUUCAGUAUAACAUCUGGUAAACCAGGCAUCAAAGAUGAUGAAUCCAAUCGGCCAAAUGAUGAUGGCGUCUACAUAUCUCGAAUAUUUGAAGGUGGGCCAGCCGAAUCGGAUGGCAAACUAAAAGUUGGCGACAAAAUUUUAUCAAUUAAUGGUAUUAGCUGUGAUGGUCUUGAUCAUGAUCAAGUGAUCGGUAUUAUCACUGGCCUGGAGAGAUUUGUUCGUUUGGUUGUUGAACGAGAAGGCGUGCCAGUUACCGAGAAGAAUCUUCCUUAUCAACAAUAUUCUACUGGCCUAACAUAUUCAUCUAACUCGUACAUGGCCAAUAGACCAUCAUACACUGGAUCAUAUCGACGACCAUUACUGGGCUCCGUAUCGAGCCUUUCACAUUCAAAUGCAUUAGAUAGUGGAAUAACUGGUUCAGCUGGUACCAUUUCCACUCCAUCUACACCAUCAUUUACACAUGGAUCCAAACCAUUGAGUUCCAUUUUUAACGCUAAAUUACCUGGUCUUCGUGGCAAUACCGAUUCGAAUCCUUAUUCAUCAUCAUCAACGAAUCGAUCUAUUAAUAAUCGUUUAAAUAGUGCCUUACAAACAUCAGCUGUAAAAAAUAUUACCAAUCAUCAUUCAUCAAAUACAUCUUCAUCGAGAAGUUCAUCCGUUCCACCACCACAAAAUCGGCCGCUCACUGUAGCCAGAUCAUCUGUUUCAGAUGACAAGGAAUCAAGAAGUCCUAUAGGUGAUGCUGAUGGCACUUUGAUUGCAAAUAACAUGAAUAAUUCAGUGACGGAAACAUCUUUAGCAGCACAGUUUCCACCUGCACCAAAUGAUUUGGGUGUGUUUACUGAAGUAUUAACCAAAACUACCUACACAGAGAAUACCGUAACACGCGUGACGAAUAAUAAUUCUAAUAUGUCACUACCAACGAUAGAAGAGGCAGUUGUCAUACAAAAAGGUGAUAAUGGCGGAUUGGGGCUAAGUAUCAUUGGUGGCUCUGAUCAUUCUUGUCAUCCUUUUGGUAAUAAUGGUCGUGAACACGGAAUAUACGUAUCAAAAGUUGUCGCUGAUGGUGCAGCUUCACAAACGGCGAAACUUCGUAUAGGAGAUCGCAUACUUGAAGUUAAUGAUAUUGAUAUGUCCAAUGCAACCCAUGCUGAAGCUGUUCAAGCAUUAACUUCGAAUUCCAAUUCACAACCUAACCAGGUGAUGCUGAAAAUCCGUCAUGAACCUUUACCACCUGGUUGGAAGGAAUUUAUCAUUCAAAAAUCGCCCAACGAAAAAUUGGGUAUGAAAAUCAAAGGCGGUGCGAAUGGCCAACCUGGAAAUCCUUUUGACAGAGAAGAUGAAGGAAUAUUCAUAUCACAAAUAAAUCUUGGUGGUGCAGCUGCACGAGAUGGCCGUUUAAAACCAGGUAUGCGUAUCAUCGAAGUUAAUGAUGCUAGUUUAUUGGGCGUCUCUCAUCAUCAAGCCGUUCAAGAAUUGAGAAAUCAAGGCCUACGUAUUCGUGUUCUUGUCUGUGAUGGUUAUGAUCCACAACAGGUUCCUAUUGCAAAUAAUGAGAAUAACAUUAAUACCAACAGUAAUUAUGCAGUAAUUAAUAAUAAUCAUCAAUCUCCAUUUAUGAACGACUCGCCAUCGUUUAUGGCAAAUGAUAUGUCCUCACCAGAAAACACACCUGUCAUUUCCCCGCAACAUCCCAGUUCGGGUGAUGAUCAAGAUUCAGUGUUUGUUACCACACCAACCAGCCCAUCUUUGUCUAACAAACAGUCUUCUUCAGAGCAGAAAAAAACGACAACAGUCAUUAUGAAAAAACACCAGACAAUGUCAUCGCCAUCGAUUACUAGAUCGCCCAUCAAUCCAUUUACGGAACACCCAUCAUCAACAUCAGAAUCUUCACCAGCAUUGGAUCCGCUUCUGACAUCAAAAAUGCCUGGAGCCAAGCCACCAGUGCCACCGAAAAAACCAGACUUAUUAUUGAAUGCUGCUAUUAGCAAUAAAGCAACAAACUUGACGCCCAACACUAAAUUAGAGCAUCCAGAGUGGAUGUCCUUCAGUGAAAAAAAACGCCAUUUCGAACGCGCUACAAGUCCUGCGAGUUCACAGCAAUCUUCUGGCCAACAAUCAGUACCAAUUUCGCCUCCACAACCUAAUCACCAUCAGCAGCAAACCAAAGAAACAAUCACCAAAACAGAACGUUUAGUCGAUACACCUGAAGCUGAAAUAACGACCAAGGAAACAGUACGUAAAGUAGAAUCCUAUUCCCAAUCAAGAAAAGAAAUUCUUCUUUCCAACGAUGAGCUACAACAAUUCAAAGACAGCGUGCUUAAUUCAUCAAAGUAUUUGGCCAAUCAAGAUAUUCAUGAUAACGAUGAUGAUAAUGAUGAGGAAAAUCUUGAUGAAUUUGAUAAGAAUAAGCCUUUUGAUGAAGAAACGAAAGAAAUUUUCUACACGGAGACUACCACUGAAGAUGGAGUGAUCAGCGAACAUCAGCAAAAACGAGUGUUUCGAACUGCCAAAGCUGAAAAACGAUACAUUGAAAAAAUGUUAAACUUAGGCAUUGAUAUACAAUCACAAGAAUAUGCUUGCCUUUCUCCUGUACAACGUAGAGCAUUAGAAGCCGAAAAACGUCGUGAAUGGCGUCAAGCACGGUUACAAUCUUUGGAAGAGGAUGCUCGACGCACUUUAAUACAAUUUCAAAACAAUCAUCCUAGUAAAGAGAAUAUUAUCGAACCAUAAUCUUAUAUGUGACAAACAUGGGCAGCUUCUUCAUAUCGGCCAAUGGAUAAUUGAAUCUUUGUGCUUAUUAUUGUUGUUGUGUUGCCAAAGACUAAAAAGAUUUUUUUGAUUUCACUUAAAAUUUGACACUUAUUACAUCAUUGAUUUAUUCUUUAUCAAUAUUGUGAAAUAUUUUAUCCACUUUUUCAUUAUUUUUUAUUUUUGUUAUCGUGACCCUUUUUCCCUUUUUUGGAUGGACAUUCUGUACAAAAAACAGCCAAAAUUUUUUUUUUUUUUUGGUAUCUGGUCAUUGUCAUUGUACCACAAACCCCAUUAUACACCCGUUUCCCAAUUUUUUUGCAACUUUGACUUGUUUUUUGUAUGCGCCGUUGCCUCCUGUUCAUUUUUAACCCUGAAAUUAUUUUCCAACCUCAACUUAUAAGCCAACAAUUCAAGACUUAUCUUUUGGUAACAAUAAAUUUUUAAAAAAUGUA